AUGUUUGCAGUAUGGAUCACUACUAUUUUUCUUCUUGGUUCAGCCACAGGAAAAGAAGUUUGUUAUGAAAGGCUGGGAUGCUUCACAGAUACCCCUCCUUGGUCUGGGAUCCCAGGGAGAGAGCUGACAGGCCUGCCCAGCUCUCCAGAAGCUGUGAACACCAAUUUCUUCCUUUACACUAGGGACAACAUUGUGAAAUAUCAAAAAAUUUCUGCUACAAAUCCUUCAACCAUCAAAGCUUCCAAUUUCCGAGCACACAGGAAAACUCGUUUCAUUAUUCAUGGGCAUCUUGCUGGAGCAGACCUCCCCUGGAUAACAAGUAUGUGCAAGCUCAUGCUUCCCACUGAGGAUGUGAACUGCAUUUUGACAGACUGGACAGGGGGCUCCAGUGGGUUGUACACGGAAGCAGUGAACAACGUCCGCGUUGUGGGGGCUGAGCUGGCAUACCUGGUGACCCUGCUGGAGAAAGACUAUGGCUACUCUCCUGAGAACAUUCAUUUCAUUGGCCAUAGUCUUGGAGCACAUGCUGCAGGGGAGGCAGGGAGAAGGAAACCUGGCAUUGGAAGAAUAACAGGUUUGGAUCCAGCUGGACCCCUUUUCCAGUAUACUCCCACAACAGUUAGGUUGGAUCCUUCAGAUGCAAAGUUUGUUGAUAUAAUUCAUACUCAUGCUGGCCAUCUUUUCUUUGACUUUGCUCCAGGGAUUCUUCAGACUUGUGGCCACCUGGAUUUUUACCCAAAUGGUGGGAAGAAGAUGCCAGGAUGCAAGCAGCUUCGUGUACCUCCUGCAAGUCGGGAUAUCAAUGACCUGAUGAGAGCAUACAGAGCUGUUGGAUGUGGACAUAAAAGAAGUCUCAGGUAUUAUGCUGAGAGCAUUAUCACUCCCAAUGGAUUUGCUGGGUACCAGUGUGAAACAUACAGAGCUUUUGUGUUGGGAGAUUGCUUCCCAUGUCCAAAGGAGGGAUGCCCACUGAUGGGUCAUUAUGCUGAUAGAUUUUCACGUAAAACUGAAAAAGAAGAGCAAAAAGUUUACUUGAACACAGGGCCCUCUCCUCCAUUUGCUCGCUGGCGGAAAGAGAUUCAUGUCAGAAUAUCUGCAAUGGAAACCAUGAAGGCAAAUAUAGAUGUAGCCUUGACUGGAACUAAUGGGAUCAGGAAAAAAUACACAAUCGACAAGGGCACUUUCGAACCAGGCAGCACUUACUGGAACAAUAUUGAUACAGAAAUUUCUGGGAACAUUACAAAAGUUGAGUUUCUCUGGAAAAAGCAUCUGGGUCAUGCAGACAGAGGCCGCAUGGGAGCUGAAGAAGUCACAAUAAUAUCUGGGGAAAAUGGCAAUGUGUCUGUGUUCUGUGGCUGUGGGACUGUGAGGCCAAGGACCUGGCAAUCCCUGGUGCUUUGCUGA